AUGGGUUAAGUUUGUGUCAAAAAAGGGGUUGAAGUCAAACUUAUGAGUCAAUACCAUGAGGGACACUCAGUAGGAGAUUCAACCAUUCAAGGAAGAAACAUGACCUUGAUAGAAUAAAUGAGAUAAGGAAAUGCUAAUGGUAGGCAGCAAUAUUUGAUCAAACAAUCGAAAACGAAUUAGUCAGAGCUUAUUGGAAACACAGUGUUUUAGGAUAUAAAAGUUGAGGACUUUGAUGAUAUUCGGGAUAAUAAUACUUUGGCAGGUAACAUUUUUUCAUAUUAAUUAUCAUAUUUAUUAGAGGAUGAAAAUUUGUAAAAGAUACAGUAAUUUAAGAAGAAAAUUCGAAGAGUUAAAACUAAGAGGCUACAUAAUAACUCUGACUUUAAUAAUACUCUGUCUUAAACAUCAAACUAUUCAAAUGGAUAAAUGUCUAUGGAAGGAAAUUCAGCAACAAACAGUCCUGUAAAGAAAAUAAGGUUUUAGAAAUCGAGUUCAAUGCAAUCUCAUAAAGUUGCUAGAACUACAAAAUUGAGCAUGAAUAGAGAUGACUAAUCUGAAAUUUCAAAAACUGAAGUAGGUUCGAUUGCAAAUACUGUUACUUAACACGGUGCUUCGACCCAGAUAACAGAUGGAACAAUCUAAACAACAUUAAAAAACUCGACAAUUAACUCAAAUAUGUUUCAAAACCUGCACCACAAUUAGGAGUAACAUUAACUAUAACCUAUUGUUGAGGAAUCUUUUCAUAAAGAGACACGAAAUGACGUACUCAAAUAAGCCAAUACAUUAUUGGUACCACCAAACAUAGCAGGGCAUAAAAGGACUAAAUCACAUCAAGAGAUGGGAGGAUCUACAUCCAUCCCAAAGAAGAAAAUUAGAAAAGUAGUCAAGUAACUUAAAUCGUAAACUGGAUUAGACCAGCUAUCGACAGUUAAUAUUGAAAAAACUGAACCUAGUGAAGUUGCUUAAAGAGUCCCUUCCCGACGUGCGUCAGUGCGCAGGAAAUCUCAAAAAAUUGAAGAACAAGAAAAACAGGCGAAAUAAGAUGAAUCAGAACCUAUUAAGUACUGUAUUGGCGAGCUCAUAGGUAGUGGGGCUUAUGGAAAAGUUUACUAGGGAUUAGAUAUGGCUACAGGACAACUGCUUGCUAUAAAAUAAAUCAAAUUUUAAAUGAAAAAUGAUGCCAUAAAAAAAGAACUUAGGACGAUUAAGCAUGAGAUCUAGCUACUCUAGAGCUUAUAUCAUCCUAAUAUUGUUAAAUACUAUAGUACUGAGAUAAGUUAAGAUGGAAAUGGAGCAGAUAUAUUGCUGGAGCUAGUGCCAGGUGGAUCUAUCCGAUAAUUACUGGAUAAAUUUUUGGCUUUUGAUGAAAGACUUGUAAAGAUCUAUACCAGACAAAUGCUAGAGGGGCUAAACUAUCUUCACGAAAAUAACAUUAUUCAUAGAGAUUUGAAGUGUGCAAAUGUGCUAGUUGAUAAUAUGGGUGUAGUGAAACUGUCUGAUUUUGGAGCUAGUAAGAAGAUUAUAUAAAAUUUUAACUAGUAUGGAGAGAUCGUGGAUGAAAAACUGUCAAAAUCAGUUAUUGGAUCUCCAUACUGGAUGGCCCCUGAAAUUAUGUAGAAAAUAGGCCACGGUAAGCCAGCUGAUAUCUGGAGUCUUGGAUGUUGUGUUAUAGAAAUGCUUACAUCUAAACCUCCCUGGAUUGAGUAUGGUAAAGAUGCUAAAACAAUAAUGGAUUUAAUUAAAACACAUGGGAAGCCUCCAAAGUAUCCUGAUAACAUUUCUAAAGAAUGUAAGGGAUUCCUCGAUUACUGCUUUGAGCAAGAUCAGACCAAGAGACCAACUGCGUAAGAGCUUUUGUAUCACCCGUUUGUUCUAAUGAAAAAUCCUAAAGCCUUGCAAGAAAGCAUGGAAGCAGCAAAGCUUAUGUAAAAUAGGAUAUCUUAAUAAAGUAUGGGCUCUGCCUAUAUGAAAUCAUUUUAAUCCUAAGGUAUGCCUGGAAUCCCACCUCACCAAGGAAAUUUUAACAAAAGCAUCAAUAGUGUUAAUUCCUUCAACUUCAAUUCUCAGCUCAAUAUGGGCUAGUUCCUUUAAAAUCAUUAAUAAAUGAACAAUCAAUAAAGGAACUAUCUUGAUCCUCCUGGGAUUCCUUUUGGCAAUAACUUUGGAAGCAUUAAUAGUUUAAACAGUAUCAUGCUAGGAUUCGAUCAUCCUGGCAGUCUAAAUAUUUAGAGUAUUCUCUAAGGAAGCUAGCACAUGAAUAUGGGUUAGCUUCAAAAAUCUACUGGUAGUUAUACUAGUAAUGGUAGACUUUUGACAUUUGCAGAGAAGCUUAAGUUAGCACAUGAUAAAUAGCGUAAGGAAAGAUAAGAAGUUGCCAUUCAAAACUGGGUUAAAAUUCAAUCUGUUAAUUAGAGAAGAGGUAGUAGGACAGAUGAGAAAUCUCAAAGAUAACAAUAAUGA